AAAAUUUUUAUUGUUCCAAAAUGCAUAAUUAUCGUGGAGUUCGACCAUCUACUGCUAAAAUGAAUACACUUCCUCCAGAAACUGAAAAUCUUGAAGAAUAUAUGUACAAUUAUAUAAAUUAUUGAUAGGAAAAUCCUCUAUGAUCACUAAAAAGCUUGUGAGAAAUCAGGAAAAUAUUUGGAAGCUGAUUGUGCAAAAUAAAGAUUAAAAGAUCUCAAAAUUAAAUACGAAUCCAAAACUAAAUUAGACAUUAGAGAUAGACAUGAAUAAGAAGUUAAUUUAUAUUAUUUAUUAUAGAAAUAUGAACUUACCAAAUAACAUUAAGCUGAGAUGUAAAAUUUUAAUGCUUUUUGGGAAGAAAAAAUAUAAGAAUUUGAAUAGGAUGCUUAGAAACUUAAAAAUGAAUUACAAUAAAAAUAAGAAGAUGAAAUGCAAUAAUUUCUAUAAGAUUUAGAAGGAUCUAUACCAUAAACUCCAAAAGAUUCUGCAGAAUUAUUAAGUCUUAAAAAGACAGAAGAAUAAUUAGCAAGAUAAGAAGAGUAUUAUUAUUAUAUUCAAUUUUUAUUUAGAUAUUUGGAAGCACAUAAAAUAUAAUCAAGAAUAGCAUAACUUUAAAAAGAGGAACAAGAAAAAUGGACAUUAUUGAGAAAUAAUAAAAUCAAGAAUCUUCUCACUUAAUAAAAGAUUAAAUAAGCUAAUGAAACUAAUGUUUUAAAUUAAAGAAUUGAAAAUGCUGCAGAUGAAUAAAGAAAAAAUAAAAAAGCAGAAGAAGAUACGUAAUUAUUUUGUUAAUGAUAGUUUAACUUAAAAAUAUAUGAAUGUUAAAAAGGAGUUAGAAGGAAAACAACUCUAAGAAUUAUAAAGAAUAGACAAAGAUUUUAAGAAUACAACCUCUAUUUUUAUUACAUCUAGAAUGUCCAAAAUGGCUUCUCAAACAGGUUCCUAAAUGCAAAGUGAAGAUUGUAAACAAAAAAUUAUAUAUUCUAGAAUAAUUCAAAGGAAAAAAUUGA